AUGUUUAAAAUACCUGGUUUCGGAAAAGCUGCUGCAAAUCAUACUCCGCCAGAUAUGACAAAUGUGGAUACUCGUCCACGCCAUUUGAAGGUGUCAAACUGUCCCAAUAACUCCUAUGCACUGGCAAACGUAGCUGCUGUUUCACCGAAUGAUUUUCCUAAUAACAUUUACAUUAUUAUUGAUAACUUAUUUGUUUUUACUACGAGGCACUCCAACGAAAUUCCACCAGAAACCGUUGGGUUCAACGGUAACCAGCGUACUUGGGGUGGUUGGUCCCUAAACCAAGAGGUUCAAGCAAAGGCAUUUGAUUUGUUCAAGUAUUCCAGCAAACAAUCCUAUCUUGGUUCAAUAGACAUAGAUAUCUCGUUUAGGGCCAGAGGUAAGGCGGUGAACACAGUAUUCGACCAGGAUGAGUUGGCCAAACAAUUCGUUCGUUGUUACGAAUCCCAAAUAUUUUCUCCAACUCAGUACCUUAUAAUGGAGUUUCAGGGCCAUUUUUUUGACUUGAAGAUUAGAAAUGUUCAAGCAAUCGAUUUAGGUGAUAUUGAACCAACCGCAGCUGUUGCGACAGGGAUAGAAACCAAGGGAAUCUUAACAAAACAAACACAAAUCAAUUUUUUCAAGGGAAGAGAUGGGUUAGUUAAUUUGAAAUCAUCUAACUCAUUAAGACCAAGAUCAAAUGCUGUUAUCAGACCAGAUUUCAAAUUUGAAGACUUGGGUGUUGGUGGUUUGGAUAAAGAAUUUACUAAAAUAUUUAGAAGGGCUUUUGCGAGUAGAAUAUUUCCUCCUUCAGUCAUUGAAAAGCUAGGUAUUUCUCAUGUUAAAGGUCUACUAUUGUACGGCCCCCCAGGUACUGGUAAAACUUUAAUUGCAAGAAAAAUAGGUACAAUGCUGAAUGCUAAAGAGCCGAAGAUCGUUAAUGGUCCUGAAAUUUUGAGUAAAUAUGUUGGUUCUUCGGAGGAAAAUAUCCGUAAUCUAUUUAAGGACGCAGAAGCGGAGUAUAGGGCCAAGGGCGAGGAGUCCUCCUUGCAUAUUAUUAUUUUUGAUGAACUGGAUUCUGUUUUCAAGCAAAGAGGUUCAAGGGGCGAUGGCACCGGUGUAGGUGACAAUGUUGUUAAUCAAUUAUUAGCUAAAAUGGAUGGUGUUGAUCAGCUGAAUAAUAUUUUAGUUAUUGGUAUGACCAACCGUAAAGAUUUGAUUGAUAGUGCUCUUUUACGUCCUGGUAGAUUCGAAGUCCAGGUUGAAAUUCACUUACCGGAUGAAAAGGGUAGAUUGCAAAUUUUUGACAUUCAAACGAAAAAAAUGAGAGAAAACAAUAUGAUGAGCGAGGAUGUUAACUUAGCUGAAUUAGCUGCCUCAACUAAAAACUUUUCUGGUGCUGAAAUAGAGGGUUUAGUGAAAAGUGCAAGUUCUUUUGCAAUUAACAAGACCGUCAAUAUUGGAAAAGGUGCCACAAAGCUUAAUACAAAGGAUAUAGCAAAACUUAAAGUAACAAGAGAGGACUUCUUAAACGCUCUCAAUGAUGUCACCCCCGCCUUUGGUAUUAGUGAAGAAGAUUUGAAAACAUGUGUAGAAGGUGGAAUGAUGCUUUAUUCUGACAGAGUCAAUUCAAUUUUGAAGAAUGGGGCUCGUUAUGUUCGCCAAGUUCGCGAAAGUGACAAAUCUAGAUUAGUAUCUCUAUUAAUUCACGGUCCUGCAGGUUCUGGUAAAACGGCUUUGGCAGCUGAAAUUGCUUUAAAGUCCGGAUUCCCAUUUAUAAGAUUAAUUUCACCUAAUGAAUUAUCAGGUAUGUCAGAAAGUGCCAAAAUUGCGUAUAUCGAUAACACCUUCAGAGACGCAUAUAAAUCUCCUCUCAACAUUCUUGUUAUUGAUUCAUUAGAGACUCUGGUUGACUGGGUUCCAAUUGGUCCAAGAUUUUCGAACAACAUUUUGCAAAUGCUGAAGGUUGCAUUGAAGCGUAAGCCCCCUCAAGAUCGUCGUUUGCUGAUAAUGACUACUACAUCAACUUAUUCAGUCCUUCAACAAAUGGAUAUCCUGAGUUGUUUUGACAAUGAGAUAGCAGUUCCGAAUAUGACCAACCUCGAUGAAUUGAACAACGUCAUGAUAGAAUCUAACUUCCUUGAUGAUAGUGGUAGAGUUAAAGUUAUAAAUGAACUCUCACGCACCUGUCCCAAUUUCAAUGUCGGGAUCAAGAAGACUUUGACGAACAUCGAAACCGCAAGGCACGAUGAAGAUCCUAUUAACGAGCUUGUUGAACUGAUGACCCAAUCCGCAUAA